ACGAACUAGCUAGCUAGUGAGAAAGAGAUGACAAGGCAAGUAGGGAUGAUUAAUGAAAAAAUGAAAAAGCCUUACAUAUUGGCAAAGAGAACCGAUUGGAAAGGCUUCGGGGACUUUUUUCGUAGGCACAGAGAUCUGUUAGAUAAGCAAAUUGACUUGCAUCAAAGCACUCCUUUUCACUACGCAGCUCACUGUGGGGACCCCAAAAUGUACAAGGAAAUGCUUCAAAUGGCGAAGGAGACUGACAUCAAUCGUGUGUUAAGGUUGCAAGAUGACAUGGACAACACACCACUUCACGAGGUGGCCUUCGUAGGAGAAGUGGAAAUGACUAGGAGCAUAUUGGAUAUGGAUGAGGCUACAGGGCCACAUGAGUUUCAACCUUUGCUUGAAAUAAGAAACAAAUUGGGAGAAACACCUGUGUAUAGAGCUGCUGCGCUUGGAAAAACCAAAUUGCUUAAGUUCUUCCUUGACGACCUUGCUGUUGACCCUUAUAUCCAUUUUCACCGAAAGGGUGAUAGCAUGUCCAUUCUUCACACUACUGUCAUUGAUCAAUUCUUUGGCACAGCUCUAUGGUUAUUGAAACGGUACGAGGACCUCGCUUAUGAAAGGGAAGACAACGGACUCACAACUCUGCAAUUGCUAGCGAAAAUGCCCUCUACUUUUAAGAGUCAAACCCAAAUGGGACCUUUCAGAAAUUUCAUAUACCUUUUGCUUCCCGAUUUUCAAGAUAAAAUCUACUUCUAUCAAAAUAAGGAUGACGAUAAAAAAGAGGAAGAUAUGGAAAGUGGCAAAAAGGCCAGAAAGGAACGACCCCCAACUCAAAGGAAGCCCUCAGUUUUCUCAAGGAUGUGGUAUAUUAUGUGGACGAUUAUGGCCAAAGAAUGGAAGGAGAUUGAUAAACUUUGGAGGAAAAAGGAAAUGCAUAAUUUAGCAAAGGAACUUGUAGACUUGCUAGCAAAGAAAGACAAUACGUGGCAAAAUACUUCUAUAGCAAGGGAUAGAACAGUUUCCAUGGGGAGAUCACAUCUUCUACCCAAAGAAACUGAAGGAAAGAACAAAGAGAUACAAGAGGAAGAAGAUAAACAAAAGAAACAAGAGGCUGCAAGAAAAACUAUUAUAUAUACCCCCUUGCUUAUGGCUGCUUGUAAUGGAAUUACUGAGAUUGUUGAAGUAAUAAUUCAUUUCCAUCCUCAUGCAAUUGAGCAUGUAAGUGAAGAUGAGCAGAACAUACUGUACAUGGCUGUCAAACAUCGCCAGAUAAAAAUUUACCAAAUCUUAAAGAAAUUGAAAAUGGUGAGAAGUCUUGCUGGAAAAAUUGACAAGGAAAGUAACACUGUCCUACACUACACUGCAGAGUUUCAAGGGGGAUCCCAACCCGGUUAUGCUCUACAACUGCAAGAGGAGUUGCAUUGGUUUGAUCGGAUAGAAAAGAGGCUCCCUUAUCACUACACUAUUCACAAGAACAACAACAACCAAACGGCAAAGCAACUUUUUAUGGAAAAGCAUGAGCAAUUGCUCAAGGAUGCAAGAGAAUGGAUAAAAGAGACAGCUCAGUCAUGUUCUGCAGUAGCUGUUCUUGUUGCCACUGUUGUCUUUGCAGCAGCAUACACUGUCCCUGGGGGCACAGAUAAUGAUGGCCUCCCUAGAUUUCUUCAUCACCCCAUAUUCUUAGUGUUCACAGUCAUGGAUGUUGUGGCUCUCGCAAGUUCGUUGGCUUCAGUGGUUAUGUUCCUUUCAAUCCUCACAUCACCCUGUGAGAUGUGGGAUUUUAGGAAGUCUCUCCCUCGGAAACUAAUGACAGGUUUUGCCUUGUUGUUCUUCUCCAUGGCCACAACAAUGCUAGCAUUCAGUGCAACUGUUUUGAUCAACAUCAAGUUAGAGAAGAACAAAUGGACUUCAAGUUUGACGUAUAGUGCAGCCUUCUUCCCUGUCUGCAUAUUUGCAAUGGUGCAGUUCCCUUUGUAUGUUUCCAUUAGAGGAUGUGUGAAGAGUGUUCUCAGGAGAUUUAAGAAGAUCAUUCCUCGUUUUCUCCUCAAGUUGGUCAAAAGGACUAGGAGAAAGAGAUUAUGGGACAUUUGAAUUGGUAAAUGUGUAUUUUGAGUGUCCCCUAUUUUCUUUUUCUUACACACUUUUUCUUCAACCAUAGUUUCUUUUGGUUGUG